AUGGAAGAAACAGAAGAAUAUAAAGAGGAAAAACACGAUCAGGAGAAAAAGGAGGUAGAGGAUGAUACUAGGACAUGUCCAGAAAAUAAUAAAAACGGAAGAAAUGAAAACAAAGAAAAUAUGAGUCACGUGUUUCAGAUCGUGGAAAAUUAUAUAGAUAAUGAAAUAGUAUAUGUAAAUGAUACGAACAAGACGAUUGUUAUGUUAAGUAAGAAGGAGAACCAAAUGGAUGAGGAGGAGCACCGACGAGCUGUACCGGCAGAGGUAGACAUGAAUGUAUCUGCAGAGGUAGACACGAAUGUAUCUGCAGAGGUAGACACGAAUGUAUCUGCAAAGGUAGAUGCGAAUGUAUCUGCAAAGGUAGAUGCGAAUGCAUCUGUAGAAGCAGAAAAAUCUGAAGGGAAGGAAGCUGAGGCAGGUUCAGCAAGGGGAAUCAACUUUGAUAGUGAUCCAAAUGUGUUACAAAAUAAUGGAAAAAAAAUAUUCAAGAAAGAUCAAUAUUGUAAUUGUAACGCAGAGAAUGUUAAAGAGAAUAAUGAAGAAACGGUUCAUCCGAUGAAUAAAGAAAAAAUAGAAAACAAUAUGAUAGGAAAGCAGGUAGAGGAAAAUGAAGAUGAACACAAUGAGAUACACAGCAACGGUGACAUUGACACUUGGUCUAACUUAAGUUAUCUGUCCCUUGAUGAGGAGGUCAGCAUGUAUAACGAGACAGGUGAUGCGAACAUGGAAAUGUUUAAAGAGGAACAGACUAUGAUGAUUAGAAAACAAAUGAAAAGGAGGAGGAGGAGAUUAAGGAUGAAACUUGAGGAAGAGGAAGAACAAGAGAGAAACAUGCAACGGGAGGUUCACGAAAGGGUAGAUGAGACAAAAGGUGGUAUCAUCCAAGAGAAGGGAUCACAUCCACCUGUGGGUGAAUCAGCUGAAGCUGUUUCGUCAACUAAUUCAACAAGUGAGGUGGGAGAAUCCAAAGAAUUUUGUCUAAAUGCAAUCGACAAAUCAUUUAUACAAAUUCCUUUGAAGUGCAUUUUAAACUCGUUUCGAAAUAUUCAGAAAGAGCUAGAAAAGAAUUUUACGAUAAUAACAUUAUUUAUCGAAAAGAAAUUACUCAAUUUAACAGAUGAAAUUUACCUGAACAAGCUGAAUACAAUUUUAGAAAAAUUAGAAGCCUUACGAAAUAAAGUUAUGGAAUCAAAAGUAUUGUUAGAUAAAUAUGUCAAUCGGUUAGUUAGCAGAUUGAAGUAUGUUUAUUUUGAGGGAGAUAUUCAACUGGAGAAUUUGAAGCACGAUUUUCGCUUUGAAACUUAUGAAAACAGAAUAAAUUGGCUAAUUGACGGUUUUUUGGCUAGAUACGGAUUUUUUGACACUGCUGAAAUUUUUUCUAAAAGAUACAAAUUGGAAAAUUACUCAGAUGCAGAUGUAUAUAAAGAAUAUCUAGAAAUAAUAAAUGAAUUGAAAAAACAUAACAUGAAGCCAGCACUAGAAUGGUGUCAGAAAUAUAAAUCCCAAUUAAAAAAAAUAGAUUCAAAUAUAGAAGCAGAAUUACAUCUACAACACAUUAUUAACAUAAUAUAUGAAAACAAAUUUUUUGAAGCUAUUGAAUAUAUUAAGAAAACAGUCCCUAAUCCAGAUGAACAUAUUUCAACAGAUGUAAAAUAUCUCAUUACAUACAUAGGUCUCUACGGUUCUAAUGAAAGCCAACAUACCAUUGAGUCAUUGAAGCGCUUUAAUAAAAAGAGGUGGGUUAAAGUUAUCAAAUCAUUUCAAAAGGUGUAUUCAGAAAUAACAGGAGUCUUGAAUAAACCACUUUUAGAAUUGUUGCUUAAAGCAGGUAUUUCCGUUGUCAAAACGGACCAAUGUGGAAAGAAAAAAUCAACGAAAUGUCCCACUUGUAUCGAUGAAUUGAAACAUACAAUUAAUCAAGUUCCUCAUAUACAAAAAACAAAAAGUUUUUUAAUUUGUCCUUAUACGAAUGAAGUUAUGGAUGAGAAAAACCCUCCAUUCACAACUCCUAGGGGACAUGUCUUUUCAGGUAAAGCUAUUUCUUUGUUUAUGAAAUCAGAAGGCAUUUUCCAGUGUCCCAUAACGGAGGAGAAGUAUUGCAUACAGGACUUGUCUCGGCUGUUCAUCUGA